GACUCACAAUUGAAUUGCGUGUUUGUAUCUUUGCUAUCUCACACUUCAUCCGCUGUUACAUCUUGUUUUUAGAGUAAUUGUCACUUUAUAUCUAUCUUGUGUAAUUUUUUGGAACGUACGUUUCAUUUUUGCAUGUAAUGCAUAUUUAAAAUUUCGGUACGUAUUUAUUGAUUCAGGCAUUAACUUAUGAUGUUUAUACAUGUACUGAUAAGAUAAGGUGUCUGAGAUAUGUAGUAUAAUCAGAAAUAAAAUGUAGUCUAAGCUAAAUUAUUUCUGGAAUCGUACGGACUACCUUUCGGAAUAGUGCAAUAUAGUUGUGCAGAAGAGAGAGAGAAAGAAAACGUGAAGUACAAAGAGAAAAAUAGAAACAGAGAGUGAGAUCAGAAGUAAGUGUUAGGAAAGAAAGAGAAAGAGAUAGAUAAUAAAACACCUGUUAUAUGCUGAGAAAAGCAGGAAUAAUUACAUUAAAGUAAACAUGUAUUCCAUAGCACACAGCGUGACAGAGUUUCUAAAUAAUUACUUUCAAGGCAAAGAACCAUGGCAGAUAGUAACUAUAACGAGUACAACUGUCCUUACCUCAGUAUGGUUAUGGAAUUUUGUCUUCCAGGAUGAAAGUCUUCUAGAACGAGCAAAAAAAAAAAUUUUUAGUUUAAGGUAUUACAUACCAACUAUCCGGGAAAGAAUUGAUCAAGAAUUAAAUAAUAUUAAUCAAACGUUUGAACAACAAGUGGUGGAAAGAAUGGGAACAAUUCCAUUUGUUGUGAAACUUCCUGACAAGGGCUUAGAUCCAAAGAACAUAUUAGAUAAAGUAACAGAAUGUGUUCAAUUAGGCAAUUACGAUUGGAAAAGUGGUAAAGUAUCUGGAGCAAUAUACAGAAUUGAUACUGAUCUCUUACGACUAAUGGGAGAUAUUUAUAGUAUUGCAUCAUAUACAAAUCCUUUGCACCCUGAUGUCUUCCCUGGUAUAUGUAAAAUGGAAGCAGAAGUUGUUAGAAUGGCAUGCAAUUUGUUUCAUGGUGAUGAAGAAUCUUGUGGCACGAUGACUAGUGGUGGUACAGAAUCAAUCCUGUUAGCAUGCAAAACAUACAGAGAUUAUGCGAGACAAGUGAAAGGUAUCAAGCAUCCAGAAAUGGUAAUGCCUGCAACUGCACAUUCUGCUUUUGACAAGGCUGCUCAGUACUUAAAAAUCAAAACACGUAUAGUACCUGUCAAUACAAAUAGUUAUACUGUCUGUAUGAAAGCUAUGGAAAGAGCUAUUACAAGAAAUACAAUAAUGUUAGUAGGAUCAGCACCAAAUUUCCCAUAUGGUACAAUGGACAAUAUUGAAGCAAUUUCCAAACUGGGAGUGAAAUACAAUAUUCCAGUUCAUGUUGAUGCCUGUCUCGGUGGAUUUUUAAUUUGUUUCAUGUCAGAUGCAGGUUUUAAUGUACCACCAUUCGGUUUUGAACUACCUGGAGUUACCAGUAUAUCCGCUGAUACACACAAAUAUGCAUAUGCUCCAAAAGGUUCUUCAAUUAUUCUUUAUAGGAAUAAGAAAUUGAGACAUCAUCAAUAUACUAUAACAACUGAUUGGCCUGGUGGUAUUUAUGGUUCUCCAACUGUAAGUGGUUCAAGAGCCGGUGGUAUUAUUGCAUCAUGUUGGGCUGCAUUAAUGUACUUUGGUUAUGAUGGAUAUUUGGAAGCGACAAAGAAAAUUAUAGAUACAACCAGAUAUAUUGAGCAAAGAUUAAGAAAAAUGGACGGAAUUUUCAUUUUCGGCACACCAGCUACUUCGGUCAUUGCAAUGGGAUCAAAUGAUUUUCACAUUUAUAAACUUUCGGAAGCUCUAAAUGCGAAAGGAUGGAAUUUAAAUACUCUCCAGUUUCCAUCUGGUAUACAUAUUUGUGUGACCUACGUUCAUACACAACCUGGUGUAGCCGAUCAGUUUUUGAGCGACGUCGAAGCUGAAUUGCAUGUAGCUUUACAGAAUCCAAAAUCACCCGUCGAAGGAUCGCUUGCAAUUUAUGGAAUGAGUCAAAGCAUACCAGACAGGAGUAUCGUUGGUGAUUUCGUGAAAUGCUUCCUGGAUGCAAUGUAUUUUGCACCCAAAAAUCAUGCAGCAAUUAGUAAUGGUCCGAAGUAAUUAAUUGAAUUACAUAUUAAUUAUUGCUCGGAAUAGUCUCGAACAAAUAUUAAUUCUAUGAAUUUUGUACUGUAAUUUAAUAUUGUUACUUUAAUCACAAAGUUUAGUCAUUUUCAUGAUAUUCCAAGAUAUAUAUUUUCGUUGCUCAAAUAAUGUGUGUAAAAUCAAAAUGCAUAUAACUGUGUGGUUGUUCGUAACAUUAGUCUGAAUAUAUUUCCUUUGUAUAUUUAUCCAACGUGAAUGAAAUGUUUAGUACAAUAGAAUUUUGUAACUAUUUAUACAGAAAAUUUUGAAGUACAAAACUUUGUUUUAAUCAAGAUAUCUUUUUUAACAGUAUUUUUGCACAUCUUAUAAAAAUAGCUGCAGGUGUAUUUCCUCAUAGUUUUCUAAUACAAUCUCUGGCAAGAUACCUUACAAAAAUAGUACAACAUAAAUUAAAAUAUUUAUUGUAUUUUAUACGUUAUUUUUUAUUUCCAUUCUAAUAUUGUGAAGUAAAAAUGUAACAAAAAUAAUUAAAUUACUAAUAAUACUGAUGAUGUAUGUUUCAUACUGGAAUA